CGUAGCAACAAUUUAUUGGCUGUUUAUCAUCACACCUGCUUCGGCGACGGAGGUGGCGGUGGCCGGAGGAAUUCUUUCUGAGGACAAGAAAAGAUGCUAGAAAUUCCCGCCACCGAUUCAUCAGCCUCCGCCAACAUUGCUUCUGUUAAGCGAUAUGCACCUCCCAACCAGCGGAAUCGCUCUCUUGGAAGGCGCAAAUCUGGUAUAGAUCGUCUUGAAAGAGCAAAUAGUUACGGUAGUGAUGGAGAGAAGAACCAAAAUAGCAUACUAAAAAAUAUGGCAAGUCUAGAUCACCAUGGGGAUACAGUUAUUGAAUAAUCGCUGGGUGGCUACCAUGAAUAUGUAUAAUACCUUGCCUGAAGGUUCGCCGGAAAGGCCGGUCAUGUACACCAGAAAUGCAAUGCCUUGGAGGCUUCCCCACCAGAUGUCACUAGGGGCAGGGGUGGGGCCUUCAGCCGGGGUGCAAAGAGAUUUCUUAAGGGAACUGUGGCAAGCUAUACACAGCCAGGAUUCGAGUUCCAAGGACAUGCCAUGGGGUGAUUGGAGUGUUUGCAAAUUAUAUAGGAUUGUGCUUGAUGAUGAAAUGCUUGUCCGUACAGAUUCUAUUGUCCACUUUCUAUUUUACAAAAAUCUCAUUUUUAAGAUAUGAGAUUAAAAUUGAGUUGGAAUU